AUGAACGUGAGUAAUAAUAAAUUCAGCAUUAAAGACAAACUGAAGAUUUUUCCAUUGUAUAAGGCAUUUGUAAUAGCUUUCACAAGCAGCUGGGUAUCUAGGCUAGUCUAUCGAUGGACCAAAGGAAAUGGUCAUAUGGAUGGUUAUUUCAAUUACACCCUAUCACAAUAUGCUACAAAAGAUUAUGAAAAAUAUUCGUUAUUGGCAGAACACAGAGAUUACUGUUAUAUUCGAGACUAUGUGCAUCGGACAGAUACUCCUCAAAAAUACGAUAUUACGGAAACAUAUUGGAUAGAUUUUACAUUCAAGAUCAUUACUAUUUUUCUUUUUGAGCAUAUAGUUCUAGUUUGCAACGUUCUUCUCGCUUAUGUAAUUCCAUUCACACCAGAAACGGUUAGGCAACAAUUAGAUUUGAAUGAACAAAAAAAGCGAGAUGCCCGACUGGCUGAAUGUAAAAGGGAACUGGAUGCUCGGCUUAAACAGAUUGACUUAACUAAGAACCUGCAAGGCCUGAAGAUCUCCUGA